AGCUGUUUCUUCUUCUUCUUUUUCCAUCGUCUCUCUCCCUUCUCAUCUCACAUCCCUGCAAAAACACACAAAAAAAAAUUCUUAACGAGAGGAGAAAAUUUCGAGGUGCAACUUGAAGAGAGAUUUCAGCUGGUAUUGAAGGAUUUACUCGUGAAUUGAGUUUCUCACUAAGGCCUGGAAUUUGAUCUGUGGAUUGAUUUUUUGUUUCGAUUCCGUUUGUGUGCGUUUCUGUUCCACCGGCGCAUUCGGAUGAAUCCAGAUGUGAUUUUCAAGUCCAUCUGAAGUUCUAGAUCAGAUUCCGAUGAGAAGAUCGGAAAUUCCGGAGAAGCUUUGAGCACUGGAGUUCGGUGACGGUGAUGGCUCCAUUCUACUGAAAACGGAGUCCGGAAAGUGAAGAAAUCGGAAAUCUGUUUGCUGAUUGUUCUUUGAUGAUAUAGACUGAGGAACAUAUCUCUGGGAAUUUUUGUGAACAUUCCGAUUUGGAAUCGGGUAAGAGCGUAAAUUUACCCGGCUUCUCUGAAGAGCUGAAAGUUUCAGGCGGCAGAUGGAGAAGAAUUGCAGAGAAGGAUUGCUACUGAGAUCAACGACGCUUCAUCAUCAUCAUCAUAAACGGAGUGAAGCCAGGUCAGCGGGUAAUACGACGUCGCAUGAUUUCGUUUUGCAGUGGGGGAGCCGGAAGAGGCUACGGUGCGUGAAGGUGCACCACAAGAACCCUGGCUUCGCGCGUGCGGAUCACGACGAAAACAGUGAACCGUCCGGUUCGUCGCCGGCACGAAUAGCGACCGGUCGACCUGAUCGCCGCGUUUGUAGAUCCGACCCGAAUAAGGACUCUUCGCACCUUCUGCAGCACGGCGGUAACCGCUAUUUGAACCUCCGUCAACGGCAGGCGUCUCCCGGACUUCGUAAUCUCAGGCUAUGGGUCUGUGUUGUGACCAAGUAGCAGCAUCCAUGGGGUUGUCACUUCUCAUUUUGUUCAUUGUUUAUUUUUACUACGAAGCAUAUGUCCAAUUUGAUAUCGGCUUAUUUUUUUAUAAACGGGACAAACUUUGGUCAGCUAUCAAAUAAACAUUGUAUAUAAUCCCUUUGGCCUAUAUUUUUUUCCACCUUUUCUGCCCGUCAUAUAUCUUUCUUCUCAUUAUUUAAAAUAACUUCUUUCUAUAUUA